AUGGCUCCCACAAUGAAGGCCUGGCAAUUCACCACCGCGCACCCCACCAUGGCCGACGCGCUACGCCUCAACCCCGCCGCCCCAGCCCCCACCGAAUCGAGUCUCUCCACCAACCAACUCCUCAUCAAAGUCUCCGCCGCCGCCGUCAACCCAAUCGACUACAAAGCCGCCGAGCUCGGCCUGCUCUCCCGCCUCCUCUACCUCUUCCGCCCGCACACGCCCGGCUCGGAUUUCGCCGGCACCGUCGUCGCCGCGCAUCCGUCCGUCGCUGCGUCCUCGCACCACCCGGAGCUCGCGAAGCCCGGCACGCCGGUCUUCGGCACCCUCGACGUGCCGCCGCCCACGCAUGGGAGUCUGGGCCAGUACGUCGUCGCCAAGACGAACGAGUGCGCCGCGCUGCCUGCGUCCCCCGGCAUCCCGUCCGACGACGCGGCAGCCGUGCCGAUGGUCGGCCUCACGGCGCUGCAGUGCCUGACGCAGCCAGGCGGCGCCGCGAUCAAGCCGGGCGCGAAGGUGCUGAUCAACGGCGGCAGCGGGGGGACGGGGACGAUGGGGAUACAGAUCGCGAAGGCGCUGGGGGCGGGGCUAGUCGUUGUGACGUGCUCGGGCGCCAACGCGGCGCUGUGUCGCAGCUUGGGCGCGGACGAGGUGUGGGAUUAUCGGGAGGGAGACGUGGUGGGGCGGGCGCGGAAGAGUGGGAUCGUGUUCGAUUUGAUUGUGGAUAAUGUGGGGAGUGCGGAGGAGGGGGGGAGGUUGUAUGAGGGGUGCGAGGCGUUUUUGAAGGAGGGGGGUGCGUACGUGCAGGUUGGCGCGCCGUUGUCGUGGAAGUGGGUGAGGAUGAUGGCGGGGAGGACGUUGAGGCCGGCGUGGUUGGGAGGUGGGAAGAGGAAGUUUGUGUUUUAUACGAUGAAGCCGGAUGGGGGGCAGUUGGCGCAGUUGGCGGAGUGGAUGGGGCAGGGGAAGUUGAAGCCGGUUGUGGAGGAGAAGUUUGAUAUGGAGCAUGUGCCUGAGGCGUAUAGGAAGUUGAGGCAGGGACGGACGAAGGGGAAGCUUGUUGUUCAGAUUGAUGAGUAA